CGCUCUUUGCUGAGCGUGUUUGAGGAAGAUGCAGGGAUGCUGACGGAAUACACCAACCAGCUGCUGCAGUCCAUGCAGCGGGUGUUUGGAGCGCAGAGUGAGAUGGGAUUGGCCACAGAGCAGCUCUCGCAGCGGCUUCUGGAAUAUGAGAAGAAAAAUUUUGCCCUUGGAAAAGGUGAUGAGGAGGUCAUCUCUACGCUGCAGAACUUUGCAAAAAGUGUUGGAGAGCUGAACUCCCUCCACUCCGAGCUGGCCAACCAGAUGGCUGACAGCAUGGUUUUUCCUUUGAUCCAGUUCCGGGAGAAAGACCUCACAGAGAUAAGCACCUUAAAAGAAAUAUUUGGCAUUGCUACUGAUGAGCAUGAAGCAGCGAUGGUCAAGUACAGUCGACUGCCCAAGAAGAAGGAGAAUGAGAAGCUGAAGGCCGACCUGGUGAAGGAGGUGGCCUACACCCGGAGGAAGCAGCACCAGGCCUCCCUGCAGUACUACUGCGCCCUCAACGCCCUGCAGUACCGCAAGAGAGUAGCCAUGCUCGAACCGAUGUUAGGCUACACUCAGGCACAGAUCAGCUUUUUCAAGAAAGGCAUUGAGCUGGUUUCAAAGAAGAUGGACACUUUUCUCUCCUCUGUGUCCAACAUGAUGCAGAAUAUCCAGACCCAGCUGGACUCUGAGGCAGAAGCCAUGCGCAUGUCUCAGAAGGAGCUUCUGUCUGCGGAGGACUUCGUCUACAUGCCGGAUAAAGACGCUGAGCCUGUUAACCGCACACUCAUCCAGAAGGCUGGCUACCUCAACAUUAGGAAUAAAACCGGCCUGGUGACGACAGCCUGGGAUCGGCUGUUCUUCUUCACUCAGGGCGGUAAUCUCAUGUGUCAGCCUCGGGGCGCGGUGGCGGGGGGCAUGGUGCUGGACCUGGACAACAGCUCCGUCAUGGCGGUGGAGUGCGAGGACCGGCGCUACUGUUUUCAGAUUACUUCCCCUUCAGGAAAGACGUCCAUGAUUUUACAAGCUGAGAGCCAAAAGGAAUAUGAAGAGUGGAUUUGUACAGUCAACAACAUUUCCAGACAAAUCUAUCUGACUGAAAACCCAGAG